AUGGCAGCCAUGGUCACCUGCACUGCGAAAGCAGACACGCCCAUGUCUCACAACAUCCCGUCGGUCAUUGAUCUCUCCCAUCUCAAGGCAUUGCCGCCCGCUUCUAAAUGGCGAGAAUUGAAGAAGGCGGCAGACACCUUCGCUAGCACCGGCCGUAACCUCUUCGUUCACUACGCGUCGCCCAUCCUUGUCAGACGGCGCGAAUUACUCCGCGCAAGCGGCUCUACGAAGAAGAAGUAUCCCAAGACGCCCGCUCAGCUCUGGCCGACCUUGGAUGCAGACGACACGUUCUUCUGGAACCAAGCCGCCAAAGUAGUGAGACUGUACACCAUCCCUUCCCGCUUCUCCUACCAGCCCAGCAUGCUCUACAGCCAUUUCGCCAAGUACGACUACGAUGAAGUACGCAAAGCGGAGGGCAAGCACCAGACGGCCAUGCUGCGCCAACUGGCCAAUCUGUUCGACAAGACCGGAAAGACGUUGUUCUACUACUACACCGUCCCCCGCUUGUGUCAGCAGGUCUACCCUCCGAGCAAGGGCGAGACGGUAACGGGCCAGGCGGCGGGAUCGUGGCGGUUUCUAGCCGGACGGGAGAAAGAGAAAUGGUAUCUGGCCAGCGCAAAGCUGAAGAAGAUCCUGGGAGAUGGCGAUAUCGCAGGGCUGGAGGUCCUACAGUUGGAUGGUGCUGAACCUGAGGUAUUCAGGUUGCACGACAUGGCGAUGGAGGCUAUUGGUGGAUGUCAAGCUGCGGCGAGUGGGAAUGGACCUGUCAUCGAAUGA